GUUAAGAAAAAAUCAGGUUUUCUUAAAAUUGCUCCUCCACAAGGAAAAAUCAAAUCCUUAAGUACUCGACAAGAUCCGAGGCUCAGUUUGUCAUGGAGGCAUUUCAGAAGGAUUUAAAUGACAUCAAGAGAAGAGUGAUUGGGCUUGAAGAAGUGAAAGAGGAUGUUAGCACAAUUUUGAGGAUUCUGUCAAAAAUUGAGAGGACAAUGGAAGCGAAAAAUGGAGAUGCGCCAUUUGGCAAAGAAAUUUUAUACCAACCGCACAACAAAGUAACGUCAAAUGAUAAGACUCCACUCCUGCUCUCAAAGAAUGUGCAUGAUGCAGAACAAUCAAAAUGUGACAAUCCGCGAAGAUCAGAAAGGCUUGAAGAACGUGUGAUCUGCAUCGGACAAGGGAAGUUAGAGAAUCACGAAAUGGAUGAGAGGGCAAACCAAAGGGUACGAAAUAAAGGAAAACUACUGUCAACCCAGGUGGAAGCAGAAGAGAAUAUCUGGAAGUGUCACUUUCAAAAGAAUCAUGCUCUUUCUUAUGUUGCAACAACCACACCAAUAUUGCGACCUCUGAACUUCGUGACACCAGCAAAUCAAAUCCCACUACCGGUACCACAACAAGGUGUUAACCGAGAUGUCACUAUGCCAAGGAAAGCAAAAAGGGUAUUUGAUCCAAUCCCAAUCACGUAUACCGAACUCUUCCCUCAGUUACUCCAUGAACGACUAAUCGCUCCUAUUCCGGGUGAGGCUCUACGACCUCCAUAUCCAAGAUGGUAUAGGUUCGAUAAGCAAUGUGAUUACCAUUCCGGAGUCCAAGGGCACUCUGUGGAAAAUUGUAACGCUAUGAAGAUAAGGAUUCAAGAGAUGGUAAAAGCUGGUUGGUUGAAGUUCGAAGAAGAGCCAAAACGCCCAGACGUCAACAGGGAUUCACUGCCAACACAUGAGAAUUAGUGGGCGUACUACAAGGCAAAACUCGAUUAUGAUGAUGUCGAGUCUACCAAAGUAAAUAAAAUAUCGAGAUCAUUUGCCAUAACAAAAUAUGUAUCACUUUUGCUUUCGUCAUCAUGAAUAAAAGAUCUUUCACGUUUCGACCUUUUCGGAGCAUUGCGUGACCAUUAUCAAUCUUAAUUUGAGAGUUCCCAUCAAUGGUUUUUUUUAUCAAAAUAACGAAUGCCACUACAGGUCCUUUUUUUUAAAACGGAUUUAUCUUCUAAAAAAAUGGUAGCCAUCCAAAGCCGACUUUAUUUUCGAAGUUAAGCCAUGAGACUGCCAUGAUAAGCAAUUAUGAGCACCCCACUGGUGCUGAGAUUUGGGACACCCCACUGGUGUUGAGUGAUUAUAAACACCCUGCCACUGUCAAUAUUUUGAGCACCCACUGGUGUUGAGGGUGUGCAUGAUCAACUAAAAUCAAGAAACAAACACCCUACUAGCGUUCAUAAAUUACGUGAGCUAAUAGUAGAAAGGUGUAAUGAGCAUACGACGUCAUGCUACUUGUAGAAUCUCGUCACCACUACAUUUGACUUUCGCCAACAAAUUGAGACUCAGCUUACAUGAACUCAAAUAGCCAAAUCUCGACGUACAAGGGACACAACAUUACAGACAUGAAUCUCUCACAAUAUUCCGUGACAAGAAGACCGGGAAGUUCAGGGAUCUCAUUUAUCAAAACCUAAGAAUCACUUGAGUGAAGCACUCAUCUAUACAAACAAGCACAUGGCAUCGAAAUCCUCACUUCUACAGAAAAGAAUAGCCAAUUCAACCUAGCUAACGAGAAGCGACACCCACACGAUCAAUCAUCAAAACAGACUCUCGUUCCUUUCACUACUCGUCCCACCGAAGACAAAUAACAGAUCGAGGAAGAAAGAAGCAUAGAUGGGGGCAUAACAAAAUCAAGUAAGUCCCACACGAAAAAAACAAACAAACAAAAAAAACCAAAAAAAAAAACCAAAAAAAAAAGAAGGAAAAAAGAACAAAAAGGAAAAAAGAAAAAAGAAGAAGAAAAAUGUUGUGGGACUUACAAAUUAGGUGCCCCUAUUUAACUUUUGAAGUACCAACUUUCUGCACCAAGCCAAAGUCUUGCCCGACCAAUUUCAAGAUACGGCAAGAAGGACCUUCAAGCAGUAAACUUUGAUGAUAAGAAAGCCUUUUCGGCCAAAAUCACUUCGUCCCAGAUACUCAUCAUUUUGAGAGCAAGUCAGAAGCUGAAGCUCCACCACAACCCACAUUUAGAGGUCAAACAAAAACCUUGACAAGUCCAUAACCAGAUUACAUUCGCAAAAACUUCAAAACCACGACCCUUGAAACCCUAGUCUCAAAGACAGGGGGCAAAACCAGCCAAACACCACAUUCCCUCAAAUAUGCCCAAGACUGGCGACAUUUUCAAACAAAUCUUCGCCGAAAAGAGACCGGGAUAGUAGUGGUUCUCAACCCGUCAUGUCAAUCUCAUACAGUGGGGGCAAAACCAGAAUCCCUCUACAAGAAGUCUUAGGGGUGAUAUCAAAAUAUGACUUAUCUGUCACCCAUCUGAAUAAACCACACUUCAAGAAGACGCCUACCAUCAAAGUCAUAUUGGACUAAAGCCCUUUCAUUGGAGAUCAAGACCGUCUACGACAAUGCCAUAUGGAAGUCUCCUAAAUCAAUUACGUCAAGGGAUUCCAUAUUGAGUAAAUCUUCACAAGGAACGCAGUUGGGAUCCUGUUGGCCACCAACAUAAAAGGGGACAUCUCAA